AUGUCUCUCCCACCCCCACCCCCACCACUGCCACCAGCCGACAGCGGUGCGCCUCCACCAGCAAGCACCCACACAACCGUCUACGUCGGACACCUCAGCCCAAGGACUGAGCGCAGAGACGUUGAGGAGCUUUUUGAGAAGUAUGGUCGUGUUGUCUCGGUCGAGCUGAAGCACGGCGGAUUUGCUUUUGUCGAGUACGAGGAUCCUCGUGAUGCGGAUGAUGCAGUCAGCAAGUUGAACGGAUACGAGCUCGAUGGAAGUAGAAUCACGGUCGAAUGGUCAAGGCGCUCUGGAGGACCUGGCAGUGGAUGCUUCCUUUGCAACGGAACUGGACAUUGGGCCCGCGAGUGCCCCGAGGCAAGCGAAAAGGGCAUGGAUGUCAAGUCCGGGAAGUGCUUCAAGUGCGGUGUCAGCGGACACUUGGCCCGUUACUGCCGUGGACCUGACACCAGACGUUCAGGACCCUCGUAUAGCGAUUACCGUCGCGGACCUCCCCCACCUCCCCGUUAUGGUGGUCGUGGUCGCUCUCCUGCACCCUAUGGUAGGGAUCCUUAUGACUAUGGCUACCGCGGACGUGCCUACUCCAGAUCCCCUGACCGUGGUUACGGCGCCCCUGGCGGUUACCGUCAGAGGUCUCCCUACCACGGUGGAUACCGUGGUCGCUCCCCUUCACCCUACUACCGUGAUGGCGGCCGUGGUCGCUCUCCCAGCCCCUAUGGUAACGGCUUGGAGCUGCAGGUCCUCGCCUACGACACCAAACACGAGCCACAUGGAGCCCUGGAUCCAGUCAUGCGUAUCGAAAAUGUCUUGCCUGAUGAGGACACUAUCGCCAGGAUAUUCCAGGGAAAAAUACCAAAGUGUCGCGGGUGGGACCCUGGGGAGUUGGUGACGGCGGCUUUAUGUCUGAUCGAGCACGAACGUGAGUGGAAUGGAGCACCAGACCCUGGGGAUCCACCUGUGACCAACCUAAUGAUACGUCGAGCAGCUUUAUACUCUCCCACCACUGCAGCGCGAUCCGAAAGAGAGAGAGUCAAAAACAGGAAGCUUCAAGUGGUGCCGGGCGAGAGUAUCGAUGGAGGAAUUUGGGCGAGGGGUGUCGAUCCAAAGGGAGCCAGGACAGACGUACAGUCCAUCCAGGAGAUCGAAAGUUGUUUGCCCCCAAAAGGCCAAGUAACCGUGGAGGAUUUCGAGGAUGCUGUUCGCGUCAGAGUGUCUACAGAGCCCUUGCUUCGGGAGUUUGAAGGCUCACUACGCAUGAAAAAAGCCGCCUGGGAGGAGAAGAAAGCCGUUCGUGCCGAACUGGAUAUAGCUGUGGCUGCAAUCCUGCGCUUUUGUGGACCGGAGCCGUGUCUUAUUGCUAUUGGCAACGGCAAGUUUCGAACGGGGAUAAACUUGGCUUCCAAGCAUGAGACAUUGCAGAGUCAUUUUGCCAAGAAGCUUGCACUGCCCGAGGAGAGACCUCCAGGAUGGCAAAGCCGACUUCAAGAUCUUGUGUCUGCCUCGCCUGUAGUCGAUGGAUCAACAGGGACUCGCCCUAGCAGCGUCCACCAACACACCACUACCACUACCAGCAACACCGUGUCCAUCGCAGCGGUUGCAGGACUCGGGUCUGCCGAAUCAACCGAUUCGAAUCCGAAGACUGCAUGGAGCAAGGAAUCAGGACGAGUGGCUACUACCGCUGAUGAAUCUGCCAACGAUGCAUCUCGGCACAAGAAGAUCGCCGUGGUCCGGGACACAAAGUCGUUGGACUACAUUGCAAGGACCAUGUUUGCAGGAGGAAUUGCCGGUAUCACUGCCAAGACAGCAGUCGCUCCUCUCGAUCGUGUCAAGAUUCUCUUCCAGACCAGCAACCCUCAAUUCGAGAAAUACGCAGGCACAUGGACUGGUGUUUUUAAGGCUGGCGGGGACAUCUACAAGUCAGGAGGAGUCCACGGUCUGUUUCAGGGGAACUCCGCUACUGUGCUUAGAAUCUUUCCAUAUGCCGCCAUCAAGUUUAUGGCCUACGAGCAAUACCGCAGUACGCCUGGCAAGAAGUUUGUGGCUGGAUCCAUGGCCGACUUGAUCAGAGUGCGCCUUGCUUAUGAGACUAAGGUCACGCCAUACAUUUCACUUGUCCGCAAGAUUUACAACGAGCCAGCAGGACUAAACAGACCACUAAACAUGAGCUGGAUGCCAGCGCUCAAUAUUUCCAACUUUUACCGCGGAUUCUUGUGCUCGGUUGCAGGCAUGAUCCCUUACGCAGGAGCAUCGUUCUUUACACACGAUGUGAUGCAAGAAUUUUGUCGCGAGAAGCUCCCCUGGACACUCAAGCCCAACCAGCACAGAGGCCUGCCCGACAAGAAUGGCGACUAUUCUCGGCCAGAGCUCCGCACGGUGGCUGAGUUGACGUGUGGAGGUAUCGCUGGAGCUGUUUCUCAGACGGCGUCAUAUCCGCUGGAAGUUGUCCGCCGCAAGAUGCAGGUUGCCGGUGCGUUGGACUCCAAGGUGUUUGUUGGCAUGUUGGAGACGGCAAGGCGUUUGUACAUAGCAAAGGGAGUGCGUGGAUUCUUUGUUGGAUUGAGCAUUGGGUACCUCAAGGUCACGCCGCUGGCAGCCAUUUCGUUUACAGUCUACGAGAGGAUGAAGACCGCACUUGAGAUCAAUUAG